AUGUCCCGGCUGCGCCUCUGGGUCCCGCUGCUCCUCCUCACGUGGCAAUCAUUGUGGCUGCUGGUCCAGGCAGCUCAGCCUGCGGAGUGGGCCCUGGACCCUGCCCAGCUGACCUCCGACCUCCAGGGGCCCACUGAGCCCAGGUCUUCGCACUCCUCUAAAUUCCCGCCCAAAUCGCCCCAGGUACUUACACCCCCUGCAGAGCCGGGGGGCUUUCAUUACUUGGGGUCCUCAGCUCCAGCCCAGAUGUUGGCCCUGCCUAAGGAGUUGACUGAAACUUUGGUUCCGUUUCCGGACACGGAUUCAGUUGGCGAGCUGCUCCCAGAGGAAGAUCAGGAUCUGAAUGACAAGCUAACCCAGCUUUCUGAAAGGCUCCCAGAGGUGGUUCCAAGGCUAGGUUGGGAUCAGAAUCAGACCAUAGCUCCGCCUCCUCGAUUCAAAAGUAAGAUUAAAACUGUAGGUCUAGAUCAGGCUGAAGAUCACCAAUCAUUUGAAAUACUUGCUCCGCCUCUGGAUAGUCACAGUUCAAAGCCAACAAAGUUCAUUGUUUCACCCCCAAACCUGGAGAAAGAUCUAGCUCAGCAUCAAAGGCUUGCCAAAGUUGUUGGAACUCCAUACCAAUUUACAAAUAAAGACCACCUAGAACAAGAGUUGCAGGAUGAUGAUUCAGAUUCCAGUAUGGAUAUCCUAUAUCCUGAGGAGAACCUGCCAAUGGAUUUCCCAGGGGGAUCAGAUCAACCUCCAAAGCUCCCUGAGGAGGUUGAAAUUCCUCCACUCCGGCAGGAGACCCCAAAUCAUCUAGAGUUGCCUGAGGAAGCUGAAUCUUUUUUGUCUCAGGUGGACGCCCAGGCCCAACAUCCAGAGCCCCCUGAAGAGAUAGAAACAUCUCCAAUUCAGCAGGGGUCUCCAUCUCCGCCUCCAGAGAUCCUUAAGGAAGCUGUAAACCCACAGGAGGCCCCAGCUGAGCCUUCAAGUACCGUUGAAGAGAUCCAAUCUUCAGUCCAACAGGAAGCCUCAGAUCAACCUACACAGGCCCCUGAGGAAGUAGAACCUUUGACCCCUCAGGAGGCCCCAGCUCAACCUCCAGAGCCAUCUAAGGAGAUGGUACCUCAACCAACAGCACAUGAGGUGAAUGUGCCAUCUCUAAGUAAGAAUGAAGCUCAGUGGCCAAAUUUCUCCAAUGUCACUGUUGAACCUGUGGAUCUGGUACUUACUGUAACUCUAACUCAGCCUCCAGAGCGCACCGAGGCAGCUCAGGCUUCUCCAACCCAGCAGGAGGCCCCAGCUCAGCCUGUAGAGCGCCCUGAGGAGGCUGGGCCUACAUCAGUCCAGCUAGAGGCCCCAGUUCAGCCACUAGAGCUCCCCGAGGAGGCUGGGCCCACUCCAGUCCAGCCGGAGGUGCUGCCUUGGCCAGCAGAGCUCCCCGAGGAGGCUGGGCCCACUCCAGUCCAGCCGGAGGUGCUGGCUCAGCCUGCAGAGCGCCCAGAGGAGGCUGGGCCCACCGCAGCCCAGCUGGAGGCCCCGGCUCUGCCUGCAGAGCGCCCCGAGGAGGCUGGGCCCACCCCAGUGCAGCCGGAGGCCCCGGCUCAGCCUGUAGAGCGCCCCGAGGAGGCUGGACCUAGUCCAGUCCAGCAGGAGGCCCCAACUCCAGUUCCAGAGUUUCCUAUGGAGUAUCUACUUCAAACUUCAGUAAGUGAUGAGGUGAUAAGUCAACCUAUAAGCCACUAUCUAACUUAUUUAAAGUUUUCCAGUGUUACACAUAAAUCUGCGGAUGUGGAACUUACAAUAACUCCAGAGCCGGCUAAGGAGGUUGAAUCUUCUACAGCUCAGCAGGAGGCUCCACCUCAGCCUCCUGAGCAUACUGAGGAAGCAACCCAGCAAGAGACCUCAGCUAAGCCUCCAGAGGCGGUUGAGCUUUCAAGUGAGCAGCAACCAGCUCAGCCUUCUCAGUCUCGUGAUGGGGUUGAACGUUUUCUAACUGAGCAGGAGACCCCAGCUCAGCCUUCAGAGCCUCCUGAGGAAGCUAAGCCUCCAAGCGUACAGGAACCACCAGCUCUGCUUUCUGAGCCUGGUGAGGAAUCUGAGCUUUCUCUGACUCAGCAGGAGAUCCCAGCUCAGCCCCCAGAGAAUCCUGAAGAGGCAGAACAUUCUCUAGCUCAGCAGGAGCCCCCAGCUCUGCUUCCAGAGCCGUUUGGAGAAGCUGAAUCUUCCUCAACCCAGGAGGAGACCUCACCUCAGCCUGCAGAGCUCCCUAAUGAGGCACACUCUUCAACCCAGCAAGAGACCCCAUCUCAGUCUCCAGGAGAGAUAGAAUCUUCAGCAACCCUGCAAGAACAACCAGCUCAGCCUCCAGAGCUGCCUUCUGGGGAGGUGGAACCUUCUCCAACCCAGCAGGAGCACCCAGCUCAACCUCUAGGGCAUCAUGAGGUGACCGUUUCGCCUCCAGGUCACCAUCAUGUUCAAUAUUUAACCCUGCCCCAUGUCAGUGUUAAACCUGCGGAUGUGCAGGUUACUAUAACACCAGAACCCAUUACAGAGGUGGGACCUUUGCCAGUUCAGCAUGAGGCUGCAGCUCAGCCCUCUGUGCCCCUUAAUGUGGAACCAUUUGCAAUGCAGCAUGAAGCCCCAACUCUGCCUCCACAGUCCCCUGAGGAAGCGGAACCUUUGCCAGUUCAACAGGAGACUCCAACUGAACCCCCAGAAUCUACCACACAGGAGAAACCUCCAACACAGCAGGAAACCCCAGUUCAGCAUCCUGAGUAUCCUGGAGAAGUUGAACCUCCCACAACCCAACAGGAGGCCCUGGCUCAGCAAUCACAGGGCCCCGAGGGUGAACCAUCUUCAACCCAGGAGGAGGCCCUGGCCAAACCUCCAGAGACCCAGGAAGAGGGUGAACCUUUUCCACCCCAGCAGGAGGCCCCAGCUGAGCUUCCACAGACCCCUGUAGAGGCCGAACCUUCCUCAAUACAGGAGGAGAGCCAGGGUCAUCAUCCACAGACUCCUGAGAAAGUUAAACCUUCAAGCCAGCAGGAGACCCCAGUCCAGCAUCCACAGGCCCCUGAGGAAGGAAAACCGUCUCCAUCCCAGGAGGAGGCUCCAGCUCAAUUUCCACAGACCCCUGAGAAGGGUGAAUCUUCAACCCAGGACGAGAGCCAGGCUGGGGAUCCGCAGACAUCUGAGCAGGUUGCACCUUCUCCAACCCAAAAAGAAGCCCCAGCUGAGCACCUGCAGACUUCUGAGGGGAUCAAACCUUCUACAACCGAGGAGGAGUCCCCAGUUCAGCACCCUCAGGUCCCAGAGGAGGGUGAGCCUUUUCCAACCCAACCAGAGACCCCAACUGAGUAUCCAGAGUCUCUUGAGGGGAUUGAACCUUGUCCACCCCAGUCAGAGGCCACAGUUCAGCAUCCAAAUCCCCUUGGGGAGGUUAAACCUGCAACCCAUCAGGAGGCCCCAAGUCAGCAGCUACAGACCUCUGAGGAAGUUAACCCUUCUGCCACCCAGCAGGAAGCCACAGCUCAGCAUCCAGAGCCUGCCGGUGAGGUGGAACCUCCUCCAACCCAACAGGAGGAGGUCCUAGCUUACUCUCCAGAGCUUCAUGUGGUAACAGUUUCUCCUCUAGGUCAGAGUCAAGCUCAGCUUCUGCUGUUGCCCAGUGUCACUGUUAAACCUGUGGAUCUGGCACUUACCAUAACUCCAGAGUCCACUAAUGAGGUUGAAACUUUUCUACCCCAACAAGAGGCCUCAGCUCAGUCUGCGGUGUUCCCUGAGCAGUUGGAACCUUCUCCAAUCCAGCAGGAAGCCCAAGGUCAUCCAGCCCCCGCUGAAAAUGUUGAACCUUCUCCAAUCCAGCAGGAAUUCCCAAAUCGGGCUGAAGAUCUUCCUGAGGAAAUUGAACCAUCUCCAAUCCACCAGGAGGUCCCAGAUCAGCCUCCAGCACCCCCUGAAAAUUUUGAACCUUUUCCAGUCCAGCAGGGAGUCCCAAUUCAGCCUGAAGAUCUUCCUGAGGAAAUUGAACUUCCUCCAAGCCAGCGGUGGAGCUCAGCUCUGUCUCAAGUGCCUGUUGUGGGUGUAGAACCUUCUCUAGUCCAGCAUGCGGUCCCAGCUCAGCGUCCAAAGCCCAGUGAGGGGAUCGGGCUUUCUCCAGUCCAGUAUGAGCACCCAGCUCAGCCUCCAGAGUCCUCUACAGAUAUUGUAUCUCAGGCUCCACUACAUCAUGAGGUGACAUUCUCACCUCUAGGUCCCGGUCAAGCUCAGCAUCCAAUGUUGCCCAGUAUCACAGUUCAACCAGUAGAUCUGGAGGCUUCCAUAACUCCAGUGCCAACUAAGGUUGAACAUUCUCCAGUGCAACAGGAGCUUACUGUAACUCCAGAACCUACUACAGAGGCUGAGCAUUACACAGCCCUGCAGCAGACUCUAUCUCUUCCAGAGGACCCCAAGGUGACACUUCCACAUCCAGAGCACGUUCAGGCUCAGCAACCACAUUUGACUGAAGUCACAGCUCAACCUUUAAACCUGGAGCUUACCGUAACUCCAGAACCCACUACAGAGUUUGAACAUUCUACAGCCCUGAAGAAAACUACAGCUCCUCCAAAGGACCUCGAA